AUGGAUGAGUUCAAAUAUUUUCAACCCCCUGCUCAAAGUCAUUAUUGUCUUCUAGCAUCAUCAAGAAGGAUUGUGGUCUUGGGAAAAACUGGAGCUGGGAAGAGCAGCCUCGCCAACACAGUAUUUGGUGAGACUGUGUUCAAGACAGACGAUGGACCUAAUUCCGGAACAAGUAAAUGUCAAGCAGAGACGAAAUCAGUCAAUGGAAGACGCAUUACGUGGGUAGACACUCCUGGGUUUUUUGACACCGAGAAAUCUGAGGAGAGGCUGAAACCUGAGAUAUUGAAGUGCAUCACAGAGUGCGCUCCUGGGCCUCAUGCGUUUCUCAUUGUUCUUCAAAUGCAGAAAUACACAGAGCAAGAGAAGGACAUCAUCAACAAACUGCAGCAAUAUUUCUCUAAAGAUGCUCUAAAAUAUGCCACAGUUCUCUUUACUUAUGGUGACCAGCUUCCUGAGGAAAUGACGAUCAGGCAGUGGGUCGAUCAAAAUGCAGGUCUGAGUGAUCUGGUGAAGAAGUGCGGAGGCCGCUGCCAUGUCAUUGAUAAUAGACACUGGAAGAACAACCCACAGGAUGAAUACAGGAACAACAAGUACCAGGUGAAGGAGCUCCUCAAGACAAUAGAUAAGAUGAUUGAGGAUAAUAAUGGACACUACUACACCAAUGAGAUGCUACAAGAAUGUGAGAGACAAAUACUACAAGAGGGAGUAAAAAUUAAAGAUUCAUUUCCCGAGAUGUCACAGGAAGCAAUCAGAGCGCAGGCUAAAAGCGCAGUUCUGAAGCGUUGGGUCUUGGCAAUAGUGGGUGUUACAGCAGUAGUAUUGUUGGGAAUUUUCCUUGGUGGGAAAAAGAUGAAAGAAGGACUUACAACUGCAUUAGUACUAGUGAUGGGAACAGAAGCAGGACGUGCAGUAACUUAACAUGCUACUGCAGCAAUGAAUCCUGGGGAAUACCAGCAGCAGCAGCAGGGGGUUUUAUAUGAAGUGAUAGAGCUAACAAAGCUGAUUCACAGCAGAGGCAGCUGAAAUUGCAAAGCCGAAGCACACAUCUGUAAGGUAAAAAGAGGUUUGGGACUAAAUACCAGAUUUCUAAGAAUCACCUAAAUGAUUUCUAUAUCAUGUUCUGUUAUGGGGUUAUUGUUUUAUUAAUGGUUAACUGGUCAUUGCUUCAAAAAGUUACGGUUAAUUGCAAAAGUUGCUGUAUUCACAGAAUCACUACAAUUACGAACAACAAUGAGAACUGGGACUGAAAUGCAUUUUAUACUCUUCUUUACGUCAGACUUCAGCACAUGUUCACACAGCCCAGUCGCCAGUUGUGGCAUGUUGGCAUUGUACGUUUCUGCUAACGAUUGAUGCAUUACAUUUUAUAUGUAUCAAAUCAACGUGUCCACAGAGAUGUAGUUAUAUGUAUAUGGGGCAGAUCUGUCACUGUGAGGUGUAGGGGGAAAACAAAAUACAAAUGUUACAUAUAGGGUUUGCAUUAAGAUUCAAUGCCGACAUUUAUUCUGAUGAUUGGGUUUGUUUAAACACAAGACGUCUGCCAUGAAAGUUUUUGUUGCAGGCUGACUGUUAAAAUAUGA